AAGAGGAACUUGCAGAAUACAACACUCAAACUCCACAAUUCCUCCCUGUGAAUUCCACCUCCCCCAAAAACACAAAAAAAAAAAAUCCCCAAAUUCCACCUCAAAUUAUCUUUCUCACUUUUCUCGCCUAUUCUCUUUCUUCUCUAUCUGGAUUUUUUUGGGUUUGGUAUGAUGAAGAAGCGCGGACGUGUAAGCACCGAAGCAGAAUUGCCGCUGGUGGAGAUUACUCCGGCGGCUGCCGUUAAUGCUCCGGCGGAGUUUGUGACUGCCCCGGGGAAGGGUGUUGGUAUUCCCCCAUACAUGGGUGAGUUUUGGAGGAACUGCCAUUAUUGCAAGAAAUUCAUUCGGGACAAUGAGGAAGUUUUCAUGUACAGGGACUUUUGUGGAUUCUGCUCUACUGUAUGCCGUGAUAUCCAGAUAUCAAUUGAUAAUAACCAAGAGUUGCUGCGCGCUCAAGCAAGUGGGAAUCAGCAGCAGAAGCGGGGGAAUGAGUUCAAGCGUCAGCAUGUCUGAAAAAUUUGUCAGAAUUCAGAAGAAGAAAAGAAGCAGUGGAUAGAAAAGUAUAAUAGGUAGCAAAAGAUUUGUAGGGGAAAAUUUUACUUAUCUAUAUACCUCAGGGGUUGUAAUGCAAUUAGUUUUAUUGCAUUAUGUGUUUGUUUGAUUGUUACUAUUUCGCAGCUCAGGAUCUCAGCUAGCUCUUGUACAUAGCUUUUCUAUAUGUCAGAACCAUAAACAUUUAUAUUAUUAGCUUUAAAUCUGC